AUGCAAUACAAUUCCAAGACGAUUCUCGCCCUGCUGGCAACAGCUUACCUGCCCUCCGCCUUCGGCUGCCUGCACUUCAACGCUACUCUCCACGUGGGCCCAAACCAAGCCACCAGCGCCCAAGGAGGAGUAGAUAUCGCCAAGGAGAAGCUCAGCGGCCAGGACGUCUCCACCAACGAUCUCCGUCUCGACGUUUAUCUCUGGGACGACGUUAACAAUGACCAAAUCGUCGAGCCCCUCAGAGAUAAUUUCUGCUCCGGUGUCGAUUUGAAGCCAUACGCCGACAACACCUGGACUGUGCCUUGCACACCAGUACAAAAGGGCGUCGAGCUCGACGUGUACUUCAACCAAGACAUCACCGAGGGAGGUGUGCUUGUUGACAUCCUCAAGUACAACAACCCAAGGGCGCAGUCGAAGGCUGGGCAUGACAAGGAUAAGGAUCUUUUGUACACCUUCAGGGCUACCAGUAAGGAUGGGCAGGGAGAGUUCUUCGAGACGGAGUUUGCCUGUGGAGAUUGUACGACCUCUGACGGUGUGCUUGUUAAGUGUGGAAACACCAAGGUCUAA